AUGGGUAAUGAAUUUCAAAAGCGAUCAUCUAAUUUACUUAUAAGAUUUUCUGCCGACAUGAUAUAUAUAGUUUGUAUCUUUAUUCUUUGUGGAUUUUACUUAUUGAAAGGAUAUUUAAGGUCAAAACAUGAACCACCGCCUCUACCUAAUGGUCUGCCUAUAAUAGGACAUGCACAUCUACUAUUUGGGGGUGGUUUAAGAUUAUGGGAAGCUUUAAAAACCAUAUCACAUGAUUGCUCUAAAGCUGGAGAUGUUACAACGCUCUCAUUGGGCCACAUUAAAUGUUAUGUAUUAACAGAUCCUGACGAUUUUAUGACUGUUGCGAACUCAUGUUUAGGGAAAGGAUUUUUGUAUGAUUUUGCUAAACCGUGGCUCGGGGAGGGCUUGUUGACUGCACCGCUAACAAAAUGGAAAACCCACCGAAAAUUACUAAAUACGGCGUUUAACCAACAAGUUUUAGAUGGAUUUUUAGAUCUUUUCAAUAUCCAAUCGAGACUUUUACUUGAACAGUUCUCUAUGGAAGAGGGAAAGGGACCUUUUGAUCAUGAAAAGUAUAUAAUGCGUAACUCGUUGGAGACAAUAUUCUUGACAGCAACAGCACAAAAAAAGCAACAAGAUAAAGAUAUCGAGUUCUUACACGAUGUGUCAAACAAGAUCGUAGAGCAACGUAAGAAAACGUAUCAUUCAACGCUGACUAAAACCUCAGGUAAAAAUCUCAAGUCAUUUAGCGAUGUGUUAUUGGAUUUGGAAAGUUCGAAUGGCGAAAGCGCUUUCUCUAAACAAGAUGUAAUAGAUCACGUUAAUACCUUGAUUGUGGCCGGUUAUGAUACUAUUGCAACAAAUCUUGUAAUUACACUUCUCUUAAUCGGCUCGUACAAGGAAGUUCAAGAUAAAGUUUACAAUGAGCUUGAAGAAGUAUUUGGGCAGUCUGACAGGGAUGUUGAAAAGCAAGACUUACCACGUCUUACGUACUUGGAGGCAGUUAUAAAGGAAUCUUUGAGGUUGUACCCAAUUGCACCUGUUAUAAACCGAUUUAUCGACAUGGAUUUAAAACUAAAAAAUUAUACAUUACAUUCUGGAAAAAAUUGUUUGUUAUUCAUAUAUGGUGUACACCGACAUUCUGUGUGGGGUGAAGAUGCGAAUGAUUUUAAGCCGGAGAGGUGGCUGAACCCAGAAACCUUGCCAAAGAAUUCAAAUUCUUUUUUAGCUUUUAGCCUGGGAAGAAGAAACUGUAUAGGUAAGGCUUAUGCGAUGAUGUGGUUAAAGACAAUUAUUUCACAUUUUUUGCGUAAGUAUUUAGUUACAGGCGAUUACAAAAAAAUGUUGCUAAAGUUUGAUUUCCUGCUCAAACCUUAUUCUGGUCAUAACAUCGCCAUUGAAAGAAGAAAGUAA